AUGCGACUUGAAGAACAAGAACAGAGCAAGAACACGAAGCAAACAUCGGACAACGGAAAUCGUCUGAUAGACCUUUGCGAACAGAAGAACCUCAUCAUUGCAUCCACGUUCAAAAGGAAUCAUCGGCGACAUCACCUUACGCAUCAAGGGACAACAUCUUUACCGCUAAAAGAGCGAAAGAAGCUCAAUUACAUCGUGAUAACUAACGUCCCUCUGGAAGAUAUCCGAAGAUCUAGAGCUGUCUGGGAUACUGCAUUCCAUUCCGACCACAGUCCAUUUCUUCUCAGCAUCAUGGCACGGUUCAAGAAGUGGAAUCGUGUAGCUCAAAAUUCGCCGAAGCUCGACUUGGCAGGUCUGAAAAACGAGAAAUGCAGAAAGAAGUUCCGCUGA